AUGAAUGAAUUAGGGCUUGACACGAGCACCAUUUUGAAGUGGCUCGUGAACGAUGGGUACACCGUCGUCGCUUGCAACAUCGAUGUCGGUCAAGAGGAGGACUGGGAAGAUGUCGAGAAGAAAGCUCUCGCGGUUGGCGCCGAACGCAUGAUCAUCCGCAACAAACAAAAGGAAUUCGUGGAGGAUAUCGUGUUUAGAAGUAUCCAGUGCAACGCAAUCUACGAAGAUCGAUAUCUUCUUGGCACAAGUCUGGCUCGCCCGGUCAUUGCACGAGAGCUAGUUAGUGUUGCCAAAGAGUUCAACUGCGACUUCCUGAGCCACGGAUGUACUGGCAAAGGAAAUGAUCAAGUUCGAUUUGAACUUGCCUGGCAUGCACUGGCACCCGGUAUCAAGAUUAUCGCUCCUUGGAGGAUUCCCGAGUUCAUUGCCAAGUUCCAGGGCCGGGCAGAUCUGCUCGAGUACGCCAGGGUCAACAACAUCCCUGUUUCGUCCACUCCCAAGGCCCCUUGGUCCAUGGAUGCCAAUCUCGUGCACUGCUCCUACGAAGCUGGCAUUCUCGAAGAUCCCAACCGUGAGCCUCCUAAGAAUCUCUGGACGAUGACUGUUGAUCCGGUUGAUGCUCCCGACAAGCCAUACCACUUCUCCAUCGACUUUCUGAAGGGUAUCCCUGUCAAGGUUACAACCGAAGAUGGCAAGGAGGCUACUGAGUCUGUUGAGCUAUUCAAGCUCCUCAACAAGAUCGGGCACGACAACGGGAUCGGGAGGAUCGACGUUGUAGAAAACAGAUUUCUUGUCGACCUUGAGGGCCUCACAUUGGAUUCGAAGGUUCGCGAGCUUCGCGAUACGUUUGUUACUACUGCCUGGAGCCGGCAGUUGUACAACGGAAUGUACUUCUCUCCCGAGCGUGAAUUCGCCGAGAACUCGGUCAUUUUUGCGCAGGACGGUGUCAACGGUACUGUCAAGAUGAUGGCAUACAAGGGCAACGCCUACACGGUUGGCCGCAGCAGCGAGACCAGCAACCUUUACAGCGAGGAGGAUGCCUCGAUGGAUUCGCUAGAUACCUUUUCUCCUUUGGACACGAGCGGUUUCAUCGCUAUCCAGGCCAUCCGACUUCGAAAGUACGGCGAGGCCAAGAUUGCCCAGGGCAAGACUCUGUAA